ACAAGUGACGUCAUGCUGUCGUGUUAACUACUAAUGUCAAAAUGCUACUUUAUUAUUAAAACAUCUGGAAAGUUGAUAACAACCUCUUUUUUACGAGAAGUGGAAUAUUUUUGUGUAAUGUAAACAAUGAGCCCCAUUUAAUGAUCAAUAAUAAUUAUUAGUCAUGUUAGGGAACAAUAGUGUAACAAGUUUUCUGGUAACAAAGUAAAAUUGGUUUCAAUUAAGAUGGUCCAGCACUCAGAUGAUGACACUUGCUUAACAGUACGGAAAAACACCACCGUUAUCACCAACAUAUAUGAAGGUAUUCCGGAAACGUUUAUUCUCAACGUUAUUUGCUGGAUUUUAUUAAUUUUACUGUUUGCAAUCCUCCGAAACCGAGCCUGGGACUAUGGGCGGUUAGCACUUGUACAUACGCAGAAAUGGACUCAGCUUUUCUAUAAAAAUACUGAUGAUGCAGUGGCAGUUGAGGAAAAUAACCCGGAUGUAUCCCUGGUACCGGAUACAGGAUGUCUUUGGUUCGUUUCCCUAUUUAAAAUAACCAAGAGCAAGAUUUAUGCGAGGUGUGGACCUGAUGCCUCACACUACCUCUCGUUUCAGAAGCACCUAUUGAUAUUAUUCACUGUUAUAUCAAUAUUUUCUAUUGCAGUGAUAUUGCCUGUUAAUUUCCAAGGAACUCUUGAAGGUAACAGUACAACCUUUGGACACACAACAUUGAGCAACCUGGGCCCAUCAUCAAACUUAUUAUGGGUGCAUGUGGUAGCCAGCUUAUGUAUGGCUCCAUUAACCAUAAUGAUAAUGAAAAAAUGUUCUGGAAAAACCCCUAGUGCCUCUGCAUUGUCCUCAAGAACUUUAAUGGUGACUAAUAUAGCAAAACAACACAGGAAUAUUGAAGAUAUUAAAAAUUAUUUUACUGUAAGGUAUCCACAGGUAGAAGUACUUGAUGUCCAACUAACUUACAAGGUAAAACAUUUAGUUAAGUUAGAAAAUGAGAGAAGCAAAGUGAUUGAGGCAAAGUUGUACUGUACAGAAAAUUGCCACAGGAAUGCACAAAUUAAAGUACAACCAAAGGGUUGUAUUUGUUGUUACCCUUGUAACACUAUGGAUGCUUUAGAAUAUUAUACCAGGGAGGAACAGAGACUUAAUGAGUUGGUUUUGUCUGAAAGGAGAACUGCUUUGGCUGCUCCUUUAGGUAUUGCUUUUGUAACUGUUGCUGGUGAUGAUAUGGCUCAAUAUGUCAUUAAAUCAUUUGAGCCCGGCACUUUGAGGAAUUGGCAUAUUGUUCAAGCACCCACUCCAGCAGACAUUAAUUGGGAAAAUUUGGAAAUAUCUUAUAGAAACUGGUACUCCAAGGCAAUAUUUAUCAACUUUAUAGUAUUUUUGUUGUUCUUUUUCCUCACCACCCCAAUUAUUGUCUUAAAUGUGUUCAAUCAAAUUAAUCAAGCCCACGGUGACAUCCUUAACAAACUCAGCCCACUUAUUUCUCAAUUCUUUCCUAUAUUGUUAUUGUUAUCUGUGUCAGCACUUAUGCCAGUGAUAGUUGCCUACAGUGACGAAUGGAUGUCACACUGGACAAAAUCCAAGCAGAACUUUUCAGUCAUGUUUAAAACCUUUUGCUUUUUGCUCUUUAUGGUUUUGAUUUUGCCCUCUUUAGGUCUAACUAGUGCCCAAGCAUUUGUAGAGUGGCCCCUGCAAAAUAACACCAAAGUUAGAUGGAGCUGUAUAUUUUUAGCAGACAAAGGUGCCUUUUUUGUCAAUUAUGUGAUUACUUCUGCCCUUAUUGGAACUGCUUUGGAGCUGCUUAGGUUUCCUGAGUUAGCAAUGUAUGCAUUAAGGUUGUCAUUUAUCAAAUCUGAAGCAGAGAAGCCAAGCAUUCGCAAAGAGAUUUUGUCAGAGUUCCAGUUUGGCAUACACUAUGCAUGGACUUUGCUUAUUUUCACUAUAAGUACUGUGUAUAGUUUAUCUUGCCCACUAAUAACUCCUUUUGGGCUAUUAUACUUAUGCUUAAAACAUUUGGUUGACAAGUAUAACAUUUACUAUGUUUAUAAACCAAUAGCAAUGUCUACUGAGGGGCAACAAAUCCAUGCUGGGGCAGUUAGGAUGGUUAGGGUAGCCAUAUUGCUAUGCCAAAUUAUUCUAACAGCAUUCUUCUUUAUCAGGGAUAGUGGAGGUUUGAACGCAAUGACUUACGUUAUGUUUAUUGGCAUAUGUGUGACGGUAACUUGCUUUUUCUUUUUGAGCCCUUUCCCUACGUGCAAAUCUGUUACAUCAGUUAAAUCACAUUUACCAGCCCUUAGAGAGCAGUAUAUUGCUCCAGUAUUACUAAGCUCCAGUAAUAUUAAUAAAAACAGUAUUAUAGACUCUUCGUCUCCUGUUAUAUAUGGAUCAGCUGGCCCUAGCAUAAUUAUUCCUGAAACUGGUUCUAGUAAUGCCUAAGUAUUUUUAUUUAAACUUCUAGCGGCUGUGAAACCUAAUCUUGUCAUGUUAAUAUUUUAUGUCCUUCCUAAUUUAUUUAAAUUGUUGCAUUGUUUCUUCGAAAAAGAGGUUAUUAAAUUAUGGUGUAUAUUUUAUGAAAAAUUUAUAGUGAACUAAGGAACCAGUUUUUCUUUUAUUAACAAAUAUAGUAUUUUCUGUUUUUUAAUGAGGCUUUAUUAUAAUCUCUUUUUAUCAGUAAUAUUAUUGAUAAUUCUCUUUAAUUAAUUACUUUUAGCAUUAGUUCCAGGAAAAGGGAUUAUUUUUAUUGUUCAUCAUGAUAAAAAAUUUUUAUAGGAAAGGCGAUACAUAUAUUAUGUACCACAUACAUACAUUAUUAUUUAUAACUAUGACAUCCACAUUUUAUCACAUUGCUAUGUAAAAUUAUAUGUAUUAGAGUAAAUAUUUAACAUUUUUUAGCAAUUCCAUGUAUCCAAUUGGCUUUUGACUAAAUUAAUAUAUUAAAAAAAUAAAGGAAUUAUCGCAAAAUGGUGUACUUUUUACAUAGAAUUUAUUUUAUUUUAUUAAAUGAUAUUUUUUAAUAAAUAAAUCUGUUAACCAA